AAACAUAAACAAUCAGUCGCUAACACGCGUGAACGCCGCUUGAAGACUGUUAUAUUUCUGUGUUUCAGAUGAAUAUCUGAGUCCCUGCAGCGACAAUGUCUCAGGUUCAGUGUCUGAGAGAGUUUAUCAUCAAGCGACUAACUGCUGCUGCUGGAGAAAUAUUCACAGAGUUUGAAAAAACCAUCGUUCAGUACGAAGAAGAGAUCGACCGACAGAGAAGACUGUUGGAAAUCACCUGGAAACCUCAGAUCAAACUACACAUUACAGACCUCCCCCAGCAACAUGAAUGUAAGGAGGAGGAAGAUCUCUCUGAGCCGCAGCUCUACAACCCAGACAAGAGCUCCGGCCCGCACCAGGAGGAACCAGAACUUCCUCAGGUUAAAGAGGAACAGGAGGAUCCAGAACUCUGCAGCAGUCAGGAUGGAGAGCAGCUGGUUCUGAAGCAGGAGACUGAUACCCUAACGUUGACUCCCACUUACCAGGAAUGUGACUUCAGUGAAGCAGAACCAAACACUGAGCAGCUUUACUCUCACGAUUCUGCUGUAGCUGAGAGUUCAAAUCAGGAACAAAGCAAGAACCUGGACUCUGGAUCAACUACAGACAUAGAGAUGAAUCCAAACACGAGCUGUCACAGGAACAGACCUGACGGUAUAGUUGUUGACCUCUCUGCCGGGUCACAGAGUCAGUUUAAAUCUCGGUCUGGUAAAAAGUCAGUCAAAUGUGGCGUGUGUGGAAAAGCAUUUAGAAAUAAGUACGACAUGCAGCGUCACUACAUAAUCCACACAGGCGUGAAGCCGUACGAUUGUAAAGCUUGUGGGAAAAGUUAUACUCACAAGAGCAGUCUGUUGGCCCACAUGAGAAACCACACUGGAGAGAGGCCGUAUUCCUGUGGAAAAUGUGGAAAAGAUUUCACUCGAAGAAGUCACUUGCGGUCUCACGUGAAAAUCCACACAGAUCUUCCACAUCAACAAGACUUUGAAGCGGAGGAAGAUCUCUCUGAGCAGCAGCUCCGUAUCCAGGAGAGGAGCUCCGGCCCGGACCAGGAGGAACCAGAACUUCCUCAGGUUAAAGAGGAACAGGAGGAACCAGAACUCUGCAGCAGUCAGGAUGGAGAGCAGCUGGUUCUGAAGCAGGAGACUGAUACCUUCAUGUUGACUCCCACUUACCAGGGAAGUGACUUCAGUGAAGCAGAACCAAACACUGAGCAGCUUUACUCUCAGAACUCUCCUUUAAGUGAACAAAGCAAGAACCUGGACUCUGGAUCAACUACAGACGUAGAGAUGAAUCCAAACAUGAAACGUCACAGGAACAGCCCAGGCGGGAAACUUGCAGACCUCUCUUCUGAGUCACAGACUCCUUUUAAAACUCAGUCAGGUAGAAAGUUUGUCAAAUGUGAUGUUUGCAGAAAAGUGUUUAGAGGUAUGUACAACAUGCAGCGUCACUACACAGUCCACACAGGUGUCAAACCAUAUGUUUGUAAAACUUGUGGGAAAAGUUUCCGUCAAAAAUGUACUCUGGUGGCACACAUGAGAACUCACACGGGCGAGAGGCCGUACUCUUGUCAGACGUGUGGGAAACGCUUUACUCAGAAUAGUGGUCUGUUUGCUCACAUGAGAAUCCACACCGGUGAGAGGCCAUUUUCCUGUACAAUAUGUGGCAAGAAUUUUGCUUAUCGCUUUAAAUUAUCGAUUCACAUGAGAAUCCACACUGGAGAGAGGCCGUAUUCAUGCGGCAUAUGUGGAAAAGGUUUCACUCAAAGAAGUAACUUGAAGUCUCACAUGAUCAUCCACAAGCGGGAGAAAUGUUGACUCUCACACACGUGUG